AUGAAUGGGAUAGGGGGCCCCCCUCGGGUGUCUGUACACCCGGUGCGGAUCUCUGCGCCGGUGACAGCAGCAGCAGCAGCAACAGCAGCAGCAGCAGCCUGCGCAGCAGCAACGGCCGACCGAGCUGCUGCAGCAGUUGUGCAGCAAAACAUCGCAGCAACGGGCAAGACCUUCAAGCCCAUUCGCAGGCCCCCGCCGCAGCAGCAGCAGCAGCAGCAGCAGCGCAGCAGCAGCAGCAGCUUUUACGACGACGCGCUGCAGCAGCAAACUGGCCUCAGGGUCUCUGCUGCCGCAGCAGCAGCAAAACAAAACUGCUGCCAGGGAGAGGGGCCCCCGGGGGCCCCCCUCUCAGCAGCAGCUCUUGCUGCUGAAGGGGACACUUGGGGCCCCUUCAUUCGCAAGGGCCUCAGCGAAGCAGCAGCAGCAGCAGCAGCAGCAGCAGGUGCUGCAGCAGCAGACAGCAGCAAACGCCCCAAGUACGAGGACCCACUGGGCGGCAGCGGCGGCGCAGCGUGGGGAGCAGCAGAUCGACUGCCUGCAGCAGCAGCAGCAGCUGCUGCUGCUGCUGCAGAGGGAGACUUCGGCAGCAGCGCAGCAGACGGCCUGGGGGCAGCAGCAGCAGCAGAAGAUGCAGCAGCAGCAACAGCAGCAGACAUUGACACCCCGCUGCUGCGGGUGCUUGCUUUGGGCUGCGAGUUGUUCGUAGAUGAGGUGAUGCAGUCUGCUGCUGCCUACGCUAUAGCCCGGCAGCAGCAGCAGCAGCAGCAGCAGCAGCAGCAGCAGCAACAGCAGCAGCAGCAGUUACUGCUGCAGUGGCUGCAGCAGCCGGCGGUUGUUUGCGUCGCAGACGUUGACUUCUGUCUCAGAAGGCUCUGGGGGGAAGAUUUGCUGCUGGCACUGCAGCAGCAGCAGCAGCAGCAGCAGCAGCAGCAUCUCCGAGAAGAGCAGCAGCCUUGUCUUGCCAAAGAUUCGCGCCAGCCUUCCCUGCAGCAGCAGCAGCAGCAGCAGCAGCAGCAAGGAGACUGUCGCAGCAGGAUAAGUGAAGCAAUCUCUUCGGACGUGGUCGGACUACAGCCCUCAGCAGCAGCAGAAGCAGCAGCAGCAGCAGCAGCAGCAGCAGCAGCAGCAGCAGAUGAAGAUGAGGGGGCAAAUGAGAUGGAGCUUUUUGAUGCCCUUUUCAAGGACUCGGGGUCUGCAGCAGAGGGACCUGCUUCCAGCAGCAGCAGCAGCAGCAGCAGCGGUGCUGCUCUAGAUGACCAGCAGCAGCAGCAGCAGCAGCAGCAGCAGCAGCAGGAAGCAAGGGAAGGUCUUGCAGCGGCUGCAGCGGCGCGAGCUGGUGAGUCACGAGAGCGCACUGCAGCAGCAGCAGCAGCAGCAACAGCAGCAGCAGCAGCAGCAGCGGAUGAGCUGCAGCAGCUGCUGCAGGAGGCUUCGUCUCUGGCUCGCUCGCUGCCCCAGCCAGCCCACGCAGCAGCAGCAGCAGCAGCAGCAGCAGCAGCAGACAGCAGCAAAGGGAGUGUGGGGCCCCCUAGCCUGGCGGACAUGUUUGACAGCAGCUGA